GGGGGCUUCAGUGAUUCCCAGAUCUGGAAACUUAUUCUCUUUUGAAUUCUGGUCGCUUAGGGGGGUCUUUAGCAUUUCUUUAUAUAUUUCAAAAGCGAAUUGAAAGCUUUGAAAGUAAAAUCAUAUAUCGGAAGGAUUUUAUUAUUACUUUGAAACAUCAUACAAACAAGGCAGGAAUGGAUCUUUCACCAAUUAAAUCGGCAAAGGGUUGAUGAAGCUUAAUGAUUUGUCCAGAAGGAGCACGCUAAGCUCCAGAGAACUCGUGACAUCAGUACUAGCCAAUCUUAUUAAAGGUUUCUUUCCAAGAGACGUUAUAAGAUACUUUUGGCAGAAUUAGCUUCAUUGAAAGAAUUUGUGAACUUUGUCCUGUAUAUUGCGAAAAUGGAUAGAUCAGAUACAUCUGGGUUUGUUAGUGGCGGAGGCUGUAUGUUGAUAUAUCUUUUCCCAGUGAUAAACUUCUGAAGGUAUGUCGAUUUUCUAGUAGCUAUGUGGUGACCUGCUUUGCUACCUCAACCUUUUGUUAGCUGUAUUACACGACAUCUGGAUAAUGGAUUUAAACAAGAAAGCUGCACAAUCUCCUUAUGAUGCUGAACUUAGGAAAAAUGAUAACUUCGGUGAUACUACAUUAUGCUUGAAUGGCAUUGGAUUUGGAGAAACCAUGACUAAUUAUAGAUGUACAAAGAGCAAUCUUGGGAUGAAAUUUCAAAAUGCUUCUGAUGAUGGCUGCAGAUUGGUUCUGGGGUUGGGCCCAACCCCAAUGGCAUAUGACGAUGACUACAACAAUUUGGGGUUUAAUAAGAAGAAAAACUCAGCUAGCCCUUUCCCUCAGCACAUGCCAUCUGAAUGUGAUUCAAUCCUUCAACUUGGUCUUUCUGGUGGAAAUAAUGAGGCAUCAAGCGUGUUGGAGUGCUCAGGUUCAACUGAGGCUGAUGUAAAUAUGUCACACUUUUCAAGCCAAACAUUUGCUGAAAAUAAUUAUUCAACUUCAAGGGUUCCUGUUGUUGAUGAGGGUUCUACCUCAGCAAAGAAAUCAGGUGGUUAUAUGCCAUCACUUCUUUUAGCUCCAAGAAUGGAUAAUGUUAAAAGCUCGGUGCAGCCUCAAGAACUAAUUCUUGCUACAAAUCACCAGCUGUCCCUGGAAACAUCUAGUGCUACCACCUACUCUCAUGGAGACGGAUCUAGUCUCCAGGCUACAGGCAUAACUUCAGAUAUCCGAACAAGCAAUCCUAAGAGGUGUAGGUUUUUUGGCUGUACAAAGGGAGCUCGAGGUGCUUCAGGGCUUUGUAUCGGACAUGGGGGUGGACAAAGAUGUCAGAAACCAGGAUGCAACAAAGGCGCUGAGAGCCGCACUGCUUAUUGUAAGGCACAUGGCGGAGGGAGGAGGUGCCAGCACUUGGGCUGUACUAAAAGUGCUGAGGGCAAGACAGAUUAUUGCAUAGCACAUGGUGGGGGUAGGCGUUGUGGGUUUCCAGGAGGGUGUACAAAAGCUGCGCGUGGUAAGUCAGGACUCUGCAUUAGACAUGGAGGAGGCAAGAGAUGUAGGAUAGAUGGUUGCACCCGAAGUGCUGAGGGGCAAGCUGGAUUGUGCAUUUCUCAUGGGGGUGGACGCCGUUGUCAGUACCAGGAAUGUACCAAGGGUGCACAAGGGAGCACCUUGUUCUGCAAAGCACAUGGCGGUGGGAAGCGUUGCUCAUUUGCAGGUUGUACCAAAGGUGCUGAAGGGAGCACCCCAUUGUGCAAGGCACACGGUGGAGGAAAACGCUGCCUUUUCAAUGGUGGUGGUAUUUGCCCAAAGAGUGUACAUGGUGGCACAAACUUCUGUGUUGCUCAUGGUGGUGGAAAGAGGUGUGCUGUUGCAGGAUGCACCAAGAGUGCACGUGGCCGUACUGAUUGCUGUGUGAGGCAUGGCGGAGGGAAGCGGUGCAAGUUUGAAGGAUGCGGGAAGAGCGCACAGGGGAGCACAGAUUUUUGCAAGGCACAUGGUGGAGGAAAGAGAUGUAGCUGGGGAGAUGGAUUGUGCUGCACACAGCAGCUUGGUCCAAGAGCGUGAAACUAACAAGGGAAGUCUCAUUGCUCCGGGAAUUUUCCGUGGUCUUGUUCCUUCUGCUUCCACUGUCUGUAGCAGCUUUGAUAACAAUAAUUCUUCUUCAGGGGUCAGCGUUGUCUCUGAUUCCUAUGAUUCUAUGGAAACACCAGCGAAAAGGCAGCAACUCAUACCCAAGGAGGUGCUAGUUCCACUUUCAAUGAAAUCACCAUCUUAUCCAAACCUUUUUACUACUUCCAAGAAGCCAGAGCAGGAUAGAAACAGCCACGGUUUUGCUGCCGGUAGCAGUGGCGUGCGGAAAGGCUUUGAACUGCCAGAGGGAAGGGUCCACGGUGGAGACCUCAUGCUGUAUUUUGGAGGGAAUCUCAAGAACGCACUUGAUGGAAUCUGAGAUAAAGGGGGAGAUCUGGUGACUAGGCAAGUUGUAGAAAAUUUUAGGGUGUAGGGUUGGUUUCCAUCAUGGAAUUGUGUAUAAAGUUUGUGCUGCUUGUUGAAUAAGGGGUGUAUAGUUCGGGUGUUGAUUAUUGUUAGCCAUUAGGCUAUUAUUUUGUAGCGCUUCAUCUGUACUUUAGCUUUCAUUCGUCGAUGUAAGGUGGCAUUGUAAAACCAAUCACAUAAAUCCACUGCCACAAACAGAAUCAUUCUCUGCAUUUGCUGCAGUUAAAUUAUUGUGUUCCCGAGUC